GCACAUAAGCAACAGAGGUCAUCUAAAUAAAUAUCUUGCUGCUUUCUUUCUUUCUUUUUUUUAAUAUUUCAUGUUAUAUUUUCCUUUAUAGAUUUACAGCUCUAAACAAAUGAAGUUACUGUAUUUUUUAGACACUUAGCAAUAAAUGUCUACAAUUUCUAUUUUUGUCUCCAUUGUUGUUAGACAUUACACAUGGCAUUUGGAGCCCUGCCUCAGAACCAGUAAUUUUUAAAAAGUAAAAACGCUUUAUUAAUACAAAAGUAUUAUUUAUUGUAGACGAGAUAGUAAAUUAGACUAAGCAAAAAUGGGGGAACUUCACAAUCAUUGUACAUCCUUGCAGAUCUUAAAACACACACACACAUUUUAAAAGGUAUAAUAUACUAUUUUGUAACCUGUGUCUCCUAACAUGGUUUCAACAUCUUUCCACAUAUUCACUUAUUUUAAAUGGCUGCGCAGCCUUUAGGUGUACAAUAACCCAUUUCCAGAUGUCGGGCACUUUGGUUAGUUCUACUUUAUUAUUACAAACAACUUCGGGAGGCAGAGUAAUAACUUUGAGGCUACAAUAAUUUCCUUAAUUCUUUCCAAGGACUUCAGUAGACUAUGACUGCGUCCCUUUUCCCAGCAGACAGAAAUAUUUGGACAUCACCAUUACUCCCCUCCCCUCGCCAAAGUCCUUUCCUGAUGGGCAAAAAAUCUGUCUCAUCACGUCCCAGGCACGUUCUCGGUUAUCAUCCAGUCACUGAGAUGCCAGAGGGGCGUUUCCAGCCCCGCAACCGGAGCCUCGCCGCCGCCCACAGUUUGACCUCCACCAAGGUGACGCGGAAGAACAGCCCCCGGCCGCACCCAGCUCCGACACAGCGCGUGCGCGCGCAUGAGCGGCCGGGCGUGUGCAUACAGCGGCUGCGCGGCCGGCGUGAGGCCUCGUGAAGCUCCCACUGAGCACCAGAAGGGAAUCGGCUAUCGCUUGUUAGGCCUAUAAAGUAUCUAAACAACAGCGAUUACCUCCAGGACGUGUUGUGAUCUGUUACAGGAAUGUGUUUCUGAUCGAAUCUCAAUCAUGUUGUCAAACUGCUUGCAAAAUUUCUUAAAAAUGACAAGCCCUCAUGUAUAUCCAAGAUUAUGCCAGCGACUAAUAGGAAGUAAAAGGAGGUUUUCCGGAACCGUGCCAAUGUUCAGAUUUCGUAGGCGGGUUGUCAUUACAGGCAUUGGCUUAGUGACUCCUCUGGGUGUUGGAACUCAGCUGGUAUGGGAUCGUCUCAUCCGAGGAGAGAGUGGAAUUAUUUCCCUGGUCGGUGAGGAGUAUAAGAAUAUCCCUUGCAGUGUUGCUGCUUUUGUGCCAAGAGGUGGUGAUGAAGGUCAGUUCAAUGAACAAAACUUUGUGUCCAAAUCCGAUAUCAAGUCCAUGUCUUCUCCAACCGUUAUGGCCAUCGGGGCUGCAGAGUUAGCCAUGAAAGAUUCUGGCUGGCACCCUCAAACAGAAGCUGAUCAAGUGGCGACUGGAGUUGCAAUUGGCAUGGGAAUGGUUCCUCUUGAAGUUGUUUCUGAAACUGCUUUGAUGUUUCAGACAAAAGGUUAUAGUAAAGUCAGCCCAUUCUUUGUUCCUAAGAUUCUGGUCAAUAUGGCAGCAGGCCAGGUCAGCAUUCGAUAUAAACUCAAGGGCCCCAAUCAUGCAGUGUCUACAGCCUGUACCACAGGAGCUCAUGCUGUGGGAGACUCCUUUAGAUUUAUAGCCCAUGGUGAUGCUGAUGUGAUGGUGGCUGGAGGUACAGAUUCUUGCAUUAGUCCUUUAUCUCUUGCUGGGUUUUCCAGAGCGCGUGCUCUGAGCACAAACCCUGAACCUAAGUUGGCAUGUCGACCAUUUCACCCCAAAAGAGAUGGUUUUGUAAUGGGAGAAGGUGCAGCUGUGCUGGUGCUGGAAGAAUAUGAUCAUGCCGUUGAACGAGGGGCGCGGAUCUACGCAGAAAUUUUGGGCUAUGGACUCUCAGGUGAUGCUGGUCACAUAACUGCGCCUGACCCUGAAGGAGAGGGUGCCUUAAGAUGUAUGACUGCAGCUGUAAAAGAUGCAGGUGUACAACCUGAAGAGAUAUCCUAUGUCAACGCACAUGCUACUUCCACCCCAUUGGGAGAUGCUGCUGAAAACAAAGCUAUCAAACAUCUUUUCAAAGACCAUGCACCUGCCCUUGCAGUUUCUUCAACUAAGGGAGCCACAGGACAUCUGUUGGGAGCUGCAGGGGCAGUUGAGGCAGCUUUUACUGCUCUGGCUUGUUAUUAUCAAAAACUACCACCUACUUUAAACCUGGAUUAUACAGAACCAGAAUUUGAUCUCAAUUAUGUUCCACUAAAGGCACAGGAAUGGAAAAUUGAGAAAAGAUGUAUUGGACUCACCAAUUCCUUUGGUUUUGGUGGUACUAAUGCAACACUUUGUAUUGCUGGCAUGUAGGACAAAUAAUUUGUAAUUAAAUAUGAUUUAAAAAAAUAUGAACUAUA